ACUUACGAUCUGCUUGCUUGCUUGCUUGCUUGCUUCCUUCCAUUCUUCCCUCUAAGCAUCCCUCCCUCCCGAUUCCUCCAGGUGACUGCGGGGAAGUCUGGGCAUAAUGGUCGAUACCCACGAGGGUGCCAGCAAGUUCCUCGCCAAAUCUCGCUGGGGCGCCAAAUUCCUAGCCAAGGAUAAGGAUGCCUCCGCACAAAAGAAACAGCCAGAGCCAAAAGUGAACCAGAAUGCCGACGUCGACGACUUCCUAAAGCCCUCCACAGAAAAGGCAAACGCACACAAACAGGCGGCCGCCGCCGCCUUCCUCUCCUCGAAUCGACCCAAGAUCGACGUUGCGCGAGCACAACGGUGGCCCGGCGCCCAUGAGGUCCUCAACAGUGCUGUGGGGAAGAGUCCUGGUGGAUUGAAGACUGGGACACGGAAGAAGGGCCUCUCUGUGAGCUUUGCGCGGACCCUGCCCGACAUAAUUGGCUCAGGCGGUGACGAGUGUGAGGAACCCUCGAUCGAGGUAUACAAGAGGAAGCAGUCUAGCAGUCUGAGCGACUUGGACAAGGUAAAGGCGUCCACACAUCAAGAUGACAUGGGGCUCCCCUUGCGAACCUUCACCGGCGAAGAAGGAGACAGCAUCAACCAGGAUGCGGAGCGUCGGGGUAUUGUCACAAGGAAGCUCACAUCACAUGGGGAACUGUCCCCACCGCUUCGACAGAAGAUGGAGAUUGGUCACAUAAACACACACGUCAGUCCUCCACCUAUCCCACCGCGGGGCUACGGUCCAAUGGGUCUUGGGGACCGGCCAAAAGGCCUGCAGAGGGCGCCAACUGGAUUCGACCUCGAGGACGAUGACGGACAACGGCGCCCGAGCAUGGAAUCGUCCCUUUCUUACGACUCAGAGAAUAUCUCACCAGUGCUGUCACGAAAGGCACCCAGCCUGGCACCGACUAAAGAGGAGGACGAUAACUUCGAAGCGCCGCAAUUGAAAAGGACGCAGACGGGUUGGAGUGAGCAUGCCGGCUCCGACAAUGACGCACCCCCACCCAUGCCUGCCGUGGCCCGUUUGCCCGAAAUGAACUUCAAGGACGACGAUUCACCUCUGGAGUCUAGCGUCAAUAAGUAUCUCCAGAGCGAGCCUACCGAUCCCAACUCGUAUUCUGCACGGAUUAUUCAAAGAAUGAGACAAGAAGAGGGCCGCGCAUUGCAUGAUGCUAGGAAACAGGCAGAAGAGGAGGCCAGGCGUGAUUCUUCGUCGAGCGCAGGAUCUCCUCACCCUGGAAUGCAGCAGCCCCCCAACCCGUUCCAGGUCGGAACGCCACCAUCUUCGUUCACGGUUCCUCUUGCAGGCAGGACACCUCCCAGGAAUCCCGCCCGCGAAGCUCCUCAACCAGUUUCCCCAAGCAGGAUCUUGGACCCAGGACGGAAACAUAUGCCUCCUGGAUCGUUUCCCCUUGACACGGAUGCUCGACCCAACUCGUCUUCCUCUUCUCAAUACACUCAGCCAUCGGCGGUGUCUCGAAAUCGCGGUUCGCCCCCUGGAACCGCAGCAACCUCAGUUCACCAAUCGCAACCUUCUGCAGACAAAGCUUCAUUCUAUGCCAUGCCCGCACAGCAUUCGACUAGCAGUUUCAACAGCGCCCAGAAUGCGCCAUUCUCUGCCGUUAGCCAGAACUCGAUCAUGCCAACCCCACCUCAGUAUGAAAGAUCGGAGUACGUCGACCUUGUCCAGGGCAAGCCACCAGUUCCACAAAAUCACGCCCAAGACCCCAGACUAUUGGCAACCGCCAGGCGAGAUACCGUCAAUGAGGGCCAGCCUGGACAAAGGCCAGCCCCCCCACCAAUGUCAUUGGCGCGCUCCAAUACACGAGCACAAGGUGAGACUGCCCUGUCCGACUUUGCUGAGCGUGUGACCCAUAUGACUGGCAUCUUCCGACUCACUGCUGAGUUGGGCGGCGCGAUCAACGACACUGCGCCGUUGCAGUGGCUGAGGGUGGCCACUUGGUGGUUCCUCAAAGGCCGUGUCGGUAUGGAGCAACUGAUCAGGAGCCGGCCAAAGACGGGAGAGCCACAAGUCGAGCGCCUCACCCAGCCACAUGUAGAUCUUGCAAAGACUUGGUGGAUUUUGUUCGAGGUUGUACAAAACCACCCAAAGUUGGCGCGGUACGGUGACCACCCAAUGACCAUGCAGUCCACGUUGGCCCGCGAGGCUGGUGAUGUGGCUUCGGCGGAAAUCUAUGAAUUGCACGAUGUGAUCGCUGCCUCGCUGAAAAUGCUGCUGGGGUCGAUGCAACGACACCAGAGUAUGCCACCCACCCAGGCACUCAUCCAGGGCCAGGACCAGGGCAUUUGGAUCGAGUAUCCCCAGUUCGCUCCCGACCUUGCGAGUGUUCUCUCGGGCACUGCGUUCAAAGCCAGCCAAGAAAACGUCAACCCUGCAAAUGUGAUGCCGCUCGGGGACACCAAGGCCGAUUUCUGCUAUUUCCGCAUGUUCGUCACGGCGUCCUUGUCCACAGACGACCUCAACACAGAUCGCGUGCCUAUGCCUGCCGUCAUUUCCGUCCUGCGCCCGCGAGACGACUUCAAGGUCAAACUUUCCAUUUGCAGCCAGAAGGAACUGAUCAAUGUUGCGGUAUCGGCGAAUCCCGAACAUGGCCCGACUUGGAGGGAUGUUGCAUGGAACUCCAAGGCACGCAGCGUCAUCGUACAACUGCGCCACGGUUUCAACCUCAAGCUUGAACUCAAUGAAGCAGAUUUCCGGAGCCUGUGGGCCAUUGUCGACCACACGAAUCGAGUUGAGGCCAACCUGCGCGAGCGAACCGACGAGCGAUUUUCUUUGAAGCUAUAUCUGCGCGAGAUGUCCUACAAGGAUUCGUCCAACCCUGGAGCAUUCCCUGCCGAGCCCGUUCGAGGAGUCAAGCUUAUGGUCUUUCAAAAGUUCGAGCGCAGCAGCGAAGGCACUGGUAAAAGGAAACUUCACCGCGGCUAUCGCUUGGUCGCUGUCACCAAUCCUCAACUCCGAACCCUAAGUUGCGUGACCCAUGAGAUGGGCACCAAGCAAGAGCCAAUGAACUUCGAGUACGCCAACGACCCAUCCGACAACGCCCCCGGCCUGAAAUUGCGCUUCAGAGAGGAAACCCCCGACAAGAAACAGAAGCGCUGCUCGAUGUUUAUGGUUUUUGAGGAUGCCAGGGAUCGCAACCAUCUCUUCGGUACUUUUACCUCUAUGAACCAGCAUCAGAGCGAAGCGGUAUUUGCACAGAUUCCAUUGAAGGCAUUCGCGAUCGAAAACGCGGACCAGGCAGAGGGAUUCACACAAAAAGGCAGCCGAGUCCUCGAGAAACUCACCUGGCAAGAAGUCAAAGUGCUGAACCAAGAUCCCGAGGCAGCCGGUUUGGAGGCUCCCCCAACAGUAAUGAGCGAGAGCCUGCGUUUCGUAUGCAGGCAUACUGCAGGUAUUAUUUCAGACCGCAUGAACCUGGGACCUGGCGAGCUUCUGGUGCGAUUGCCGAUUGAUGGCGCCGCCGAACUUACACUUCUGCGCAACCCCCAGCUCGACAUGGCUUUAGCGAUCGAUGCGAGUCGGUGCGAGAAGGAAACGCCUGAUUACCUAGCCGAGUUGCUCAAGACUUUGACCACCGCUUCGACCAUCAGGCGGUUGACUUUCAAUUCAUUCAAGGAUCUGCACACUUUCCAACUCGCCAUCACAGGAUUCGAGGUUAAAUUUGAUGGAAUUGCUUCCACGCUUCAAAUCUCCCGUCGCCGCAUGGUCGUUCCUAUCUACAAGCAGUGGACUGCCAACACCAUCCGAAUCCAGAUCGUUGUUCAGGAUAAUAUCAUCCAGCUGCUCGCAUUUUUCGAAGAAUUCUCCCACGCAGAUGCGAUGAAUUUCCAACUCAAGUCCAUGGACGUUUUCGAAAAGACCGACAAGGGUGGCAAGCCGGGCAUUCGACUUGUUGACGCAAAAUUCGCUCUUCCCGUCGAGGAACGACGUGGCGAAGGAAAGAUGGGCAAAGCAGAGGGACGAAUUAGCGGAUGGGCUGGCAUAAGACGGAAAUACGUCUGCCUCGAUGUUAUCGAGUAUCCCGGCGAGCAUGAUGACAUCCUGAUCAGCUUUGACAGCGCAGAGACCCGCGAUCGAUUCGCUGAAGCUCUCCCCGCUGCCACAAUGGAGCGCAAAUUCACCGUGCGCCGGAAGAUUUAGCCGCGCCUUUUCAUCCACACGAACAUAUACCCCAGCUGUGCUCUUGACGGCCGAAACCCAUCUACAUCUUUGGUGCGUAGUUUGUAACAUCAGCGAUACCUUUG